AUGAAUUCUGGAGACGAAACCACUACUGACGAUUUUGCUGAAUUUUCCGAUGAUUUAAGGGCACAAGAGUUGCAGUCAUGUAGAUAUAUCUAUCCAGAUUGUGAAAUAGACCUUUCAUCCUUAUCUGGCACAGUUAAUAUUAAGGUCAAAAGUGACAAAGAUAUAACAAUACACCUACUAGAAAAAACCUCUGAGGGAACCAGACAUAUUGCAACUAGCACGAUUUCUAACUUGUCACCUAUUGUGUUGAGUUUUCAAUUAAAUUCAGAUUAUCCCUUUGAAGCACCACCGGAGAUCAAAGUGGCUUGUGCCUGGAUAGCCACCUCAAAAAUUGAUAUGUUGACAAACUCCCUUUAUAAUAUCUGGAAAGAGUAUAAAGAUCAAGUACUUUUUAAUUUAAUAGAUCAUUUGCAGGAUCAGGUCCAGAACCACUUGGAUGAGUUGAUACCGACCCCGCUAGACAUUUUUGACAUGGAAGAGUAUUACAACCUAGUUGAUUUCAAUAUUCAGGCCGAAAUAGAAGAGUUCAAUUUACAAACAUAUACAUGUGACAUAUGCCAGAAAGCUCGAAGUGGUGUGAAUUGUACAAAAUUUGAUGAAUGUGGACAUGUAUUUUGCAACAACUGUCUAGCAGAAUAUUUCGAAUCUUGCAUUGAAUCUGGCGAUAUUGAUAAGGUACAUUGUCCAGACUUUGAGUGUACUAAAAAGUAUCUCGAUAAAAAGAAGAAAUUUAUGGAGUUAGAAACAUGGAUGUACAAUGACAAAAAAGUAAAAGAUAUGUUAAAUCAGGUAUUGAUACCGUCAACUCCUUUGACUAUGUUAACAAAAAUUUUAAGCAAUCCAAGCUUAGUGGAUCGAUAUUACAGUUUGUUUAAAAAAAACCAAUAUGAAUGGAUUGGUAAUCUUUUGCCUAAUAGAUUGGUGAAAUGUCCAAGAAUUGGAUGUGAGGAGGUUAUAUUCAGAGAAGACAUUGACGAAAAAUUGGUUGUUUGUCCUAAAUGCAAAUAUGCAUUUUGUAAUGAUUGCAGGAAAUCUUACCAUGCAAGAUUUAAGCUUUGUCUGAAAAUCGAUGAAAGUGGCAAGUAUCUGGGCAUUCCAAUUGAGGAUUUGGAAACGUAUCCAUUGUUACCACCAGAUUCUUAUGACAAAAAAACAAUGAACGCAAAAUAUGGAAGAAAGAGAAUAGCUAGAGCAAUCGAAGAGUAUCAAAUGGAUCAGUUGUUCCAGCAGAUGUUAAGAGAAAGAAAAACCGUUGUACAAUGUCCUGGUUGUUCUGUUGCCACUGAAAAGAGUGAAGGUUGCAACAAAAUGAAGUGUAGUUUAUGCAAAACAGAUUUUUGUUUCAAUUGUGGUUCUAAAAUAGAAAAUAACCACGACCAUUUUGUUGAUCCUAGCUCUCCAUGCUACAAGCUUUUAUUUUUUGGCAUGCCUGGUACUGAAGAUAUAUAUUAA